CUAGGUUGAGUUAGAUUGCGUGUUGAUUGUGCAAGGGAGACGACGGGAAGUCACAAUAUGUUGGACCUUUUCACGAUUUUUAGCAAAGGAGGGAUCGUUCUUUGGUGUUUCCAAGGAACAUGCCAAGCCUUUGGAGCGCCCGUGAAUUCGCUGAUAAAAAGUGGGAUUCUCCAGGAGCGUGGAGGAAGCAACUCUUUUAACCAUGGAACCCUGACGCUCAAACAUAAAUUAGACAAUGAGUUUGAACUCAUAUUUGUGGUUGCCUACCAAAAUAUAUUGGCACUGGCGUACAUUGACAAGUUCAUUGAUGAUAUUCACCGGGAGUUCAGAGACAAGUACAAGGAUGUGCUGAGGAGCGGAAGGAUAUUUGGCCAAUUUGAUUUCAGCGAUGAUUUCCAGCGGGUCUUGAGGGAGGCGGAGAAGAGUAGCGUAGUUGCCAAGAAAGGCAAGCAGAUGAAGAGUUUUGAAGAAUCUCACAAAUCCAAGAAGACUGUAGCAUCUAUGAUCAUAGACCCCAGCAAAGAGGAGAAGAAUAUCACCAACAAAGCAGCCAAGAAAGGAAAUAAGACCGAAUCUAGUCCCCAACCCUCCAAGAAACCAGCAAAACAACCAGAAACCAUCGACAGUGGAAGUCUGGAUGAGGAGACUAUUAACCGUAACAGAGAGAAGAUGUUUAACAGGAACAAGCCCAAGAAAGUAGAGAAAUCACCGAAAGUGACUUCCAAGCCGACCAAGAAGACCAAGCAAGCAACCACCUGGGGCAUGGGAGGGAACGCUAAAGACAUGCCCGAUCUAGACUGGAGUGAGAAGCCCCCUGGUACCAACGGGACCAGCGAGGGACAGAACGGACAUAAGGAGUUUGAUCUGGAGGAUGAGUCUGCCUGGGUUGGUACGAUGAAAGGAGAGCUGCCCAACAUUGAUGGACUGAACGAAGAGGAAGAGGAGGAAGAAGAAGAGGAGGAGGAGGAGGUGGAGGUUAAGAAGGCAGCCAGCAAACCAAAAGCCCAGGCUAAAACUGGCAGUCGCUUUGGCAUGUUCAACAUGUUCCGUGGUCUGGUUGGCUCCAAAACCCUGGACAAGGAGACUAUGGCUCCCGUGCUGGAUAAGAUGCGUGAUCACCUGACAGCUAAGAAUGUUGCCCGGGACAUAGCUGAGAAGCUGUGUGAGUCUGUGGCCACCAAGCUGGAAGGCAAAGUCCUUGGAACGUUCGGAAGAGUCACAUCCGUAGUCAAGGAAACCCUACAGGAGUCCUUGGUUCAGAUCCUGUCGCCACGACGACGCGUAGACAUCCUCCGAGAUGCCCUGGAGGCCAAGGCCCGUAACAAGCCCUUCUCCAUCACGUUCUGUGGGGUGAAUGGUGUCGGCAAGUCCACUAAUCUAGCAAAGAUCUGUUUCUGGCUGAUUGAGAACGGUUUCCGCGUGCUGAUCGCCGCCUGCGACACCUUCCGGGCCGGCGCCGUGGAGCAGCUACGCACCCACGAGCGCCAUCUCAAUGCCCUUCACCCCGCUGAGAAGCACGGGGGUCACGCCCCUGUUCAGCUCUACGAGAAGGGGUACGGGAAGGACGCAGCAGGAAUCGCUAUGGAAGCCAUCAAGUUUGCCCGAGACUAUCGCUUUGAUGUGGUGCUGAUAGACACAGCUGGUCGAAUGCAGGACAACGAGCCACUCAUGAGGGCACUCUCCAAGUUGAUCAAGGUGAAUCGUCCAGACCUGGUGCUGUUUGUUGGAGAAGCUCUGGUAGGAAACGAGGCUGUGGAUCAGCUCACCAAGUUCAACCACGCCCUGGCCGAUUUCUCCGACUCUGACGACCCCCGUCUCAUCGAUGGAAUAGUCCUCACCAAGUUUGACACCAUUGAUGACAAGGUUGGAGCUGCCAUCUCUAUGACCUACACCACCGGUCAGCCCAUCGUCUUCGUCGGGACCGGUCAGACCUACCGCGACCUCCGCAACCUCAACGUCCAGGCCGUGGUUAACGCUCUCCUCAAGGCCUAGGCUGGACGUCUAGUGGACACGGUCAACUCCUGGAGGGUGUUUCACAACGAUCCAAAGUCGAACUUACCUCUAAGUUUUACUUGAUUAUUACGGAGAGCCAUUUGUAGCCUUAGAAUAAAAUAUAUAUUCAAAAGGAAAAACAAGUAUUUAGACUUUUC